AGGAGAGCUCAACAAGUCAGAAAGAAACAUGCUCAGGCAGUCAAACUCGAGACACUCAGAGGAGAACACAGUCGCCAUCUGGACUAGCGGCUGGACAAGAGAGGGAUCGAGGGCGAUCUGCACCUGUCCCACGGGCACACUCUCUUUCUGCCGCACGCACGCACACACACACAGACACACACAAGCGCACUCAGGGAGAGAUCAGACGGCUCUAUGUGCGGCUGGAACCAAAAUCUGCUGGCCGCCUCUCAACAUAGCUCCGUCAUGUUGACUACUGAGGGCUCCCCGAACACCGCCGACCAGGUGGAUUUGAAGAUGACCGUCGAGGACGCUGAUAUGUUCAAGUGGACAGAAGCCGAGUUUGAAGAGAAGUGCACCUACAUAGUGAAGGACCACACGUGGGACGGCAUGGACAAGCCGGAUCUUCCCCGCGCACAGACCUCGCUGCCGAGAAACCUGGCAUUCAGAUAUGCCCCUGACUCUAAAGAGGUGAUUGGUGUGAUCAGCCGCGAGUACAUACCAAAAGGAACUCGCUUUGGCCCUCUAGUGGGGGAAAGUUACACAACAGAAAAUGUCCCCGAAGACGCCAACAGGAAGUACUUCUGGAGGAUUUACGCGGAAGGAGAUUUCCAUCACUUCGUGGAUGGCCUGGAUGAGGAGAAGAGCAACUGGAUGCGCUAUGUGAAUCCAGCUCACUCGCAGCAGGAGCAGAACCUGGCCGCUUGCCAGAACGGCAUGAGCAUCUACUUCUACACGGUGAAGGCCAUCCCUGCUGAUCACGAGCUUCUCGUGUGGUACUGCACUGACUUCGCACACCGGCUUCACUACCCUCCUUCAGGAGAUCUCAUGAUGCAAAAGCUCAAGCAGAGUCUGAUCGAAGCAAAGCAGCAGGAAUCAGAAGAAAAGCCUGUUGUCAAAAGAGAGCAUACUGUCUCAGAAAUCCUUAAAGACACAUGGCCCACGAGACCCCUGGCCACACGUCCCCACUGCCCUGUCAGCCCUGACAGACCCAUCUACCCCCGUGCUAUCUACCCCCGACCGAUCAUGAAACCCAACCCAGGUAUCUGCUUUACCACUCGCUCGCCUGCACUGUCCUCAGCCACCCCUAGCCCAUUGGCAGGCAGCAGCCCUGAAACCAGUCCGGGAAACAGUCCUGCUCCAGCAGAUUCCCGGGAUGCCCUGUCACUCUACAGUAGCAGCUUGGGUCAUUAUCCUGGCUAUCCUGGGUCAUUAUCCUCUCCACCUAACCCAAUUCACUCGUUCUACCACAACCAUUACCUCUUCGCCCCUUACCCCAUGGGCGGAACACCACCGGUCGGGAAUGUGUUCUCCCGCAUGUACCCCCUUUACAACAGCAUACUUCCCCCUCACAUGCCCGUCCCACCCAGCAUGCUUCCACCUGAGGGAGGACGUCAUUACCUACUGCCGCCCCACAGGGACUUCCUGCUUCCACCAGCCAAGAGUGCCUUCUCUAGAGCGACGACCCCGAAAGACAAACCCUUGCAUGGCCACCCUCAUGCCCCUGUUAGCGGUUCUCCCACAGCAGGUUCCGGUGCCUCUGUCGAUCAGCAGCCUGCCAAUCCAACCUCAGCACAGCCGAGCAUCCGGCGCUCAGAAGAUGAGGCAAUCAAUCUCAGCAAGAUAAAGAGAGGCCCUGCGGGAUACAAGACGCUGCCGUACCCACUGAAGAAACAGAAUGGCAAAAUUAAGUACGAGUGCAAUGUAUGCAGCAAGACCUUCGGGCAGCUCUCAAACCUUAAGGUGCACCUGCGUGUCCACAGUGGAGAGCGCCCUUUUAAGUGUCAGACAUGCAAUAAGGGCUUCACUCAGCUGGCCCACCUGCAAAAGCACUACCUGGUUCAUACAGGAGAGAAGCCCCAUGAAUGCCAGGUAUGCCAUAAGCGUUUCAGCAGCACGAGUAAUCUGAAGACCCAUCUAAGGCUGCACUCAGGUGAGAAGCCCUAUCAGUGCAAGCUCUGCCCGGCUAAGUUCACCCAAUUUGUCCACCUCAAACUGCACAAACGGCUGCACACACGAGAGCGCCCUCACAAGUGUCCACACUGCCACCGCAACUACAUCCAUCUGUGCAGCCUGCGCCUCCAUCUUAAGGGCUACUGCCUGGCUGCCAUGCCUUCCCCUCACUGUAGCCUUGACGAACUAAACCGCAUGAACGAGGAGAUUGAGCGCUUCAACAUCAGUGACCAUGCUGACCGGUUGGAGGAGAUAGAGGGUGUUGAUGUGGAAAGGCUGGUGGAGAAGCAGAUCUUUAGCCUGAUCUGCCGCGAAAUGGACCUCAAGGCAUCAUACCACAAAGGCAGCACAGGAGGGGAUUUGCUUCCUCCUUCACACCCGUCUAAUGCCUACAGCCUGUAUGAGCCAAGCAGUGAAACAUCAGUUAUCAAGCUUCUACCUGUCAAGGUCAAACAAGAGACUGUGGAGGCAAUGGAAUCUUAGCCCCAGCCCUAGCGCACACACACUCACUAAGACAUGCUGCUCCACAGCCUCAUCGGUUCGCCCGGUCUGGCAGUCACAGGUGUACACAAUCCUUUUUUUAUAAGUAGACAGGCUCAGACCUUUGCUUUCAGGGACUUAUCAUACUCAGGGCUAAGAGACACUGCUCCAGGCCACUAGUGGUCUAGUGUGUUCUACACUUACUUUAGAGACAAUCAUUUAUUUCCUUAUUUCAUAUUAAUAUUAUUAUUGUUGAUGUCAUUGACUUUUUUUUUUUUUUGCUAUUGUUAUUCCUUAAUAAUAUUUGGUUCAGUUUGUUAUGCAACCUCCUUAAUUUAUUGUCAAUGUUUACAAUGACUGGGUAAUUCAUUGUAAUUCACUGUUCUGUAUAUUUUCUAUUGUCACUCUUUUUGUACAUAGUUUGGAGCCUGAGUUAGAUGUUUGUUUGCCCUCUGAUUGUGACGAACUAAUGCGUACCAGAUUUGAGGAGCUUGCCUUGAUUUAGGGUUUUUAGUUUGUUGUAUUUUUAAGAAGCUCUUUUGAGGAAGGCUGUCAUAAUACAACAGAGUGAAAUUUUUUUCACAAUGCCACCAUCACCAUGUCUUAAACGCUUAGGGGGAGGUGGGUUGAAAUUUAAUUUUCAAAUAACCUACAAACCUUUCUCUUAAGUUCUAGUGAGCACUCCUCAUCUUUGGUGUAACACAAAAAGGGCAUUUUGUAGAUUUUCAACAAGUUACCUCAAACUGAAAGUGUGUGUGUAUAUAUGUGUGUAUGUGCGUGUAUGUGUGUAUGUAGGCUAUGAGUGUAUUCAGAAGGAAGUCAAAGGCAUAUAUGGUAUUUAUUGCUUUUCUACUUGAAAAAGAAACCAAAUGUCCCUGGAGUAGAGGUCUCUACAAGGUCCAAAAAACAAAACAAAACAUGAGCCUGGUAGCAUGUAGCACACUGGCUAUGAAGCUGAGAGUACUUCUCUGUUCACUCACUAAUAAUUUUGGAGCAAGAGACUGGGAGGGAGGGUAGGUAGGGGCUAAAAUACUGAGCUAGUUACCAAAGUUCACUUAAAGAGCAGUGAGUAUCUAUAGUGGUGAUAGUCGCUCUUUAGAUGUUGUCUGUUCUACGCAUUUUUUGUUUGCCCUCUUUACACUCAUGGAUGGCACAAAUCAAAGUGCCUUGGUUUUUAUAUGCACUGGUUUAUUUUCAUGGUCAUUUUCUGUAUUUUUCUUUUGAUUGUCUUUAAAAUCCAGAUUUUGUAAAUGUCAUCAUUUUGAUGGCUUGACCUUGACUUUCUUUCUCUAAGGCACCGAGGCGUGCCGUAAAGCAGUAGCAGCUCUGUUCUGAAGUAUGACCAAAGUCUUCCCCGUAUCUUCAGCUUUAAAUGAAAUGAUGUAAAAAGGAACUGUUUACAUACAGGUUUACAUAGUUAUUUAAGUGCAACUUGUUUAAAAUGUAAAUUAUAUAAAUGUUCACUGACAUAAUGAAA